AUGAUUCGACGGUCUGAUCUAUGGAAUAAGAAUUCAUUAGAUCGGCUGAUUCUCUGUUUUGGCAAUGCUCGUCGACAAUUAUUAAUUCUUCUUCAUAUUCUUGAUUUUAUUUCUAUUAUUCAAACGAUCUGCUCGUCUUCAUUCACUAAUGAGAUCAAUCUAAUCCAUGAAAAGCUCCUUGAAUUGAAUAGUAUUCUUUUGCGUAUAUCUUAUUUUCUCGGUACAUCGGUUCUCCAAAUAUUUUUCUUGUCAGGCGACUUCUCCAGUACUCUCUAUAGUGCAAUGCUCGUCAUUGAAUACACACUGAAAUAUUUCGUUCAGACACUCUAUCAUUUCAAUGGGAAAUACGAAAUAAAUAUGAUUGGUCUUGACAAUAAUGAUAUACCAUAUUUACGUUUACAAAAUGAAGAUGUUGGUGAUGACACACGAUUGCUCAAUGAUAUUGACUAA